UAUGUGUCACGUGAGUAGAGGUCAGCUGAUCCCCUCGGCCGGACCGUCAGACAAGAUCAUCUGAACCUGUGCAUGAAAUCUCGCACGAAGCAAAUUUUAUUCUUAACCGGACUAUAAAAAUUGGGAAAAUUAAGCCUGUGAGUUCCAGAUAAUCAGCAGAACACCGACAAGAUGUCUGGGAAGGACAGAAUCGACGUAUUCCCGUCCAGAAUGGCUCAGACCAUCAUGAAGGCUCGUAUGAAAGGAGCGCAGACAGGCCGCAACCUUCUCAAGAAGAAGUCGGACGCUCUCUCCAUGCGAUUCCGUCAGAUCCUUCGCAAGAUUAUUGAAACAAAGACCAAAAUGGGAGAGGUAAUGAGAGAGGCGGCCUUCUCUUUGGCAGAAGCCAAAUUUGCCGCUGGUGACUUCAGCACUACUGUCAUCCAGAAUGUCAACAAAGCUCAGGUGAAGGUGCGUGCCAAAAAAGACAACGUGGCAGGUGUGACUCUCCCUGUUUUUGAGCAUUACCAAGAAGGCGGAGACAGCUAUGAGCUGACUGGUCUGGCUAGAGGAGGAGAACAGCUCUCCAGAUUGAAGAGGAACUAUGCCAGAGCUGUUGAGCUGUUAGUGGAGUUGGCCUCCCUGCAGACAUCCUUUGUCACGCUGGAUGAAGCCAUAAAGAUCACCAACCGCCGUGUCAAUGCAAUUGAGCAUGUUAUUAUCCCUCGGAUCGACCGCACUUUGACUUACAUCAUCACGGAGUUGGAUGAGAGGGAACGAGAAGAGUUCUACAGGCUGAAGAAGAUCCAGGAGAAGAAGAAGCAGCUGAGAGAGCGUACCGAGAAGGAAAUCGCUGCCCGCCUGGCAAAGUUGGGCCCCAUCGCAGAGCCCGCCAACAUGUUGACAGAAGAGACUGACGAAGAUCUGCUCUUUGAGUAACACUAAGGCAAACCCUAGACUUAUUUAUUGUCAAAACCUUCCCAAGAAGGUAAUUGUGUGUUAUUGUGUUGUGUUUUGUGGCAAUACUGGAAAGAAUCAUGCAUUUCCAUCUUUGUACAGAACUCCAAGCUAGCUAAAAUAAUGUGUAAAUUGAGAAACUAUACAUGAUAUAAAGAUUAGAAUGGUAAUUAGUAGUAAACGGUGUCCCUCAUAUUGUAUGCUGUAUAUCUUAAUUUUGCUAGUCAAGUGUGUGAGUGCCAUUACCUCAUUUCAAAGAUGUUUACCUUAUGAUUCCUUUGCAACCGCACCCGCCCAAACACACAUUUCAUUUGUCAUCAAAUAAAAUGUGUACUGUAUUCAAA